GCCUCUUAUGACGCAGGCGCCCUGGGCGUUUUGCGCGGGAAAAGGAAGCGGUGUAGUGUUCUGCUCUGUUGUAGGGACCUGCUGUUUUCAGUGAGGCUGCCGCCCGCUCUGCACCACUACCAGCCAUGGGACUUCUGGAGCUGUGCGAGGAAGUAUUCGGAACCACCGACCUAUACCGAGUGUUGGGCGUGCGACGCGAGGCCUCAGACGGCGAGGUCCGACGUGGUUACCACAAAGUGUCCCUGCAGGUGCACCCGGACCGGGUGGGCGAGGGCGACAAGCAGGACGCCACUCGCCGCUUCCAGAUCCUCGGGAAGGUCUAUUCCGUUCUGAGUGACAAAGAUCAGAGGGCAGUGUACGAUGAGCAGGGAACUGUGGACGAGGAUUCUGAUGUGCUCAGCCAAGAUCGGGACUGGGAGACCUAUUGGAGAUUACUCUUUAAAAAGAUAUCUCUAGAGGACAUUCAAGCUUUUGAAAAGACAUACAAAGGUUCUGAAGAAGAGCUGGCUGACGUUAAACAGGCCUAUCUAGACUUCAAGGGUGACAUGGAUCAGAUUAUGGAGUCUGUGCUGUGUGUGCAAUACACAGAAGAACCCAGAAUAAGGAAUAUUAUACAACAAGCUAUUGAUGCUGGAGAGGUCCCAUCCUAUAAUGCCUUUGUCAAAGAAUCGAAGCAAAAAAUGAAUGCAAGGAAAAGAAGGGCUCAGGAGGAGGCUAAAGAAGCAGAAAUGAGUAGGAAGGAGUUGGGGCUUGAUGAAGGAGUGGAUAGCUUGAAAGCAGUCAUUCAGAGCAGACAAAAGGAUCGGCAAAAGGAAAUGGACAAUUUUCUGGCUCAGAUGGAAGCAAAGUACUGCAAACCUUCCAAACGAGGACAGAAAAAAACGACUCUCAAGAAAGAAAAGAAAUAAUGGAAUUUUCUCUUCAAAGGCCUUAGGUGUUAAUUGGUGCCAUUGUAGGCAAGGUAUAGUCAAGAUUUGAAGACAAGUGUCAACCAAACCCUUGAGAGAAGUUGUCUUUCAGGCCUGAAUUAUUCAGAUUGACUACAUAAACCAAGCGGAAUCCUCUCAAACUGAUCUCAGAAUAUCCUAGAAAUACCCUGUAAUUCUGGUAGGUCUUUGUAUGAAAGAAUUUGGUGGUGAUCAUGAGGGAACAGGAGGGUGGUGUACUUCCUGACAGUACUUUUCUAUGGGUCUUCUGUACAAGGCAUUAUCCAGAAUGCCUCCCACCUUCAGCACUUAUCAUUUUACCACAUGGGAGUGAGCUGCAGAGUACUGAGUGAUGUGUAUUUAUUAGAACAGGUAAUCUCUUAGCUGUCAGGCCUUCAGUAUGGUUGCUGGAUAUCUGUCUUCCAAGUCCUUGCCAGUUUGCUUUAGCCUUAUCUCGCAUAGACUCUCUGUUUUUCUCAACCAAGUUUUAUACUCGGCUUGACAUAUCUGGGAGAAACGGGUUAUUCACAUUACUUCAAGCAUCUUUGUAAGACUUAUAAAUGAUUAAAUAAACAAGUAAAAAAUGACUGUUAAGUUCUGGGGGAGCUUUUUAAAUGAUCCCAGUAUGAUCAUUUAAAAGAUAUCCAGAAAAAAACAUGAAUGGUGCUUAGGAUAAAGGAGAGAAGAGGUAGUUCUCUGGUCAGUGGUCUAGUGGUUACGACUAGGCACUUUCACUGCUAUAGCCUAGGUUCAAUUCCUGGUCUGGUCUGGGGACUGCGGUCCCUCAUCAAGCUGCUGCAUGCUGGCCAAACAGAGAAGAAAAGUAGUCCUAGUCAGAUUGUAGUAGAUCCCUUGUUUGAGUAGCAUAAAGAGAUGUUGUAGUCCUGGCGAUAACUGCUGAAUGUCCUUAGGUCACUACUGAGUUUGUCUGAACUUGUUUCCUCAUCUAUAAAAGGGUAAGGAAGCUGGGCUAAAUGACUUGUUGAAGCCUCUUUCUGACUCUUUAACCUUGAAAAGCAAACCAUCUUGAUCGAGUGGUUUGUUAGCACAUACUCAUGGUAUUGGUUUGUGAGAAUAAUACAGAGAUUUUUGACUUAAAUUUAGAUGAGCUGAUAAGAAUUCAUUAGAAUAUAUGGAAAAAUUUCAGAGACUGUUUAACUUGAAAUCUCUUAUAUGCUAAUAUAUUCGAUACCAUAUGUGUAAAACAAACCUGUUACUGAGAUUCAUGUAUCAUAAUUUAUCUGAGGUAAGCACAUGGCACAUUUUCAGUUUGUGAUUAUAAACAGGUUAAAAUAAAAGUAUAAUUUAAUGCA